GAAUUCUAUGGCACAUCGUAAGUUUUCCAUCAAGGUUUUUAGACCAAGUCGAGAGUCAUAAGAGAUAAACAUUUGUUCGGAGCUUUUCACAAAUUAACAUUCUUGAUUAUGUGAGCUAUUCGAUCGAGGUGUUGAUCCUCCAAUCCUCUUUUAAGUGACGAAGCCAAUCAGGAUGUGUGGCGAAAGGGAGAGAACUCUCGCGAUCUCUUUGACAGCUUCUCCCGCGAGGGAUAAUUCAUAGUGAACGUAACGAGAGACGAGAGACUUUUAUGAUGUCACUUAACGUUAUCGGCACGACUAAAGUGACAGUUACCUUAAAAUCAUUCGCGAAAACGGCGUGCGAGAUUCGCGACGUCAAACAUCGUGCCCUCGCGCCCUCCAAUGCGAUCCUUAGUGGAUUUUCUCGAGCAUUUCGACACGCGACGAUUCCUCGAAAUUUUGACCGUGAGAGUCGCCGUGGCAUCAUGACCGAAAGUAUUGCCGACGUCAAAUUGAAAUUCCUCCUACGAAAAACCCAAGUGGGAGACGGACGUGACGAGCGCUCCUCUACGCGAACCACUCUUGCAUGUAAGGCCUGUAAAUAUGUAACUUAAUCGGGAACUGCCGGGAAGUACGUGAUAGCGUAAACUUACUUCGAGUGUACACGAGGAUACGUGAUCGCGAGGGGGAUUUAGUAGCAGCGGCUUGCCUGGAAAAGGACGAUGCUGUGGCGGACGAGAAGGUAGAGGAAGGUGACAUCAUACACUUUGACACUCGCGUUUAUACGUAUGAGAAAAAUUCACGAGACAAUGCCUACCGUCGCCUUUGAAUUGAAUUCGUCCUAUUACACGACGGCGAUCGGCAACAGUGCGCUCGAUGGAUUCUCAGUAAUCGAGCCGGAGAACGCCACUUCCGCGCUCUACAUGCUGCCCGCUUACAUCCGAACGACUUCGAUGGUGACCUGCAUUAUCGUGAUGGUACUGGGUAUAAUAGGCAACCUGAUGGUGCCGUUAGUCGUUCUGCGGGGUAAGGACAUGAGGAACAGCACCAACAUCUUCCUGGUCAACCUGAGCGUCGCCGAUCUCUGCGUCCUCGUCAUCUGCACGCCUACUGUGCUGAUCGAGGUCAAUUCCGGACCGCAAAUUUGGCCCCUUGGCAAGCACAUGUGUAAAGCUGUCCCGUUCGUCGAGUUGACUGUGGCACACGCUUCGGUCCUCACAAUUUUGGCCAUUAGCUUUGAACGAUAUUAUGCCAUCUGCGAACCUCUAAGAGCGGGAUACGUUUGCACAAAAGCGCGGGCGACUAUCCUUUGUAUCAUGGCGUGGGUGGCAGCGGCGGUGUGUACAAGCCCGAUGGUCUGGGUAUCGCAGUAUCGCGAAAUGAGGAUGACAGGUCACGGCGUCGCGCAGAUCGUCGUCGCUGACGUCGGGAGCGAUCAGCUGGUGGCGGAUGAUCAGGUGAAUCGCGUACCGGUGUGCCUGACGCAGGCCGACACCGUCGCCAGUGUCACGUUCUUCCUGCUAUUGGUGUUGCUCUUCUUCGUCGCGCCGUUCGUGAUACUCGUGGUCCUAUACUCGUUCAUCGUCAGCCACCUUAUUCGCGACUCGUCCGGCAACACCACCAGCGACUCGUAUCACAGCCGUGCCAGGAGACAGGUGGUGUACAUGCUGCUGACCAUAGUCAUAAGCUUCUUCGUGUGCCUGUCGCCCUACCGUCUCCUCAUCUUCUACAUCGUGAUUGCGCCCGCCGAGGAGAUAGCCGCGAUCGAUUACGACACGUUUUUCGGCCUGCUCAAUUUCUGCAGGAUCAUGUUUUAUUUGAACAGCGCUGGCAAUCCGAUACUCUACAAUCUGAUGAGCAGCAAGUUCAGACGAGGUUUCUUGAAACUGUGCGGUCUCGCGAGGGAGAGAGGCACGCGUCUGAGGAGCACGAUCGUCGGCGCGAGGAGAAUCGCGGCGAAUCAUCAGGAGGAUGCAAAUCAGCAGGAAAACUUUUUGUGAAAUGUAGAGCAAGAGAAACAAUACGACUUGCCGUUGUCAAUGCAAGAUAAUACGUUUCUACUUAUAAAGGAUCUCAACUGACGUAUUAAAUGAAAAUGUCAAUUAAUAUCGAAUAAAAUAUUGGCUCUGACAUUUUCUCAAACCCAGAACACCAACGCUCAAUUUGAUAUGCUUGCAAUAAAACGAUAUGAAAGUAUUACUUAAUUAUUAAUUAUAAAUUAUUAAUUAUUAAUUAAAAAUACUUACUAUGAAGAAAGAAAUAUACAAGUAACGGAAAAUUAUAUAUUAUUAAAAAUGGAAAAUUAUAUAUUAUUAAAAAUGAUAUAAAAGCAUUGAAAAAUCAUACAUAUAUUACGAAUGAAAGAGUAAAAAAGUUUGAAAAAUAAUACUUAUAACAAAAAAAAAGAGAGGAGCAUUAAAAAAUUAUAACUUUUAUUUGUACUUGUGCAAUAAAUCACUGGAAGAGAGAGAAAUAGAGAUAGAGAUAGAGAGAGAGAGAGAGAGAGAGAGAGAGAGAGAGAGAGAAACUUAAGACUGACAAUGAAUGGAAAAAAUGAGAACCUUUCUGCUAGAUCGAAUGGGACUAACGUGAGAAAAACUUUCGACAUUCUAUGAGAUAUUAAACUUGGAUUUUUGCGAAAGUUAUACGCGAGAAUAGAACGAACGAUUUGCGCGAAUAAGUUUGAAAAGUUUCGACUCUAAUUAAUGCGAUUUCAUUAUUCAAUAUUGCAGGCGAUCAAGUGCACACUAAUCUGAUAAUAAUUAAAUGUCACAUGAAUAUUUCUCACAUUAAGAUUUUUUAAUGCAAAAAUAUAUGGAACUUUCGUGAAUCUCAUGAAUGUCAAAUGACCUUGUCCUCCUCCUUCUGCAAGUUUGAUUUUAUUUUUUAAACAUCACGAAUUAUUAAUACUUAUUGUGUAAACUUUAUAAGCAUUAAAUGUUCAUAAAAAAAAUAUGUUAUUGUUGGUAUUUUAUAAUUUUAAUGUUUUUUUUAAAUAUAUUUUCAAGCUUGCCCAAGAAUAGAAAAAUUUUUAUCAAAAUAGUUUCUUAGUAGAUAUCGUAUUUUAGAGAGACUUAACGCUGUGCAUGGUACGCAAUAUUAUGAUAAUUUACUAAAAGCUUCGUUGUACGCGACACAUGCGCGCGACAGUAAUCGAUCUCCUGUCUCU